AUGGCGGCAGUAAAAUCAGAAUAUGGGAUUACACCAUGUGACCAGAAGUAUACAAAACAAUACAUUCUUCGAUUUCUUCCUCGUCAAGGAGGCAAAGCAGACAAGAAAACAGAACAUUGCAUAAUCUGUCUGGACGACGUUGAUUCUGACCUAAUUUUCUACUCUGAAAGAUGUGGUCAUCGGUUUUGCAUUAACUGUGUGAAACAGCACAUACCUAAUUUUUCUAUCGACAGAUGCGGCGAUCUUUUGACGUUCAAGCAAAGCUUGUUGUGGAUGCAGACGAUUGAAGAGAACUCAAUUCCUUUGGAAAAUAGAGUUUAUUGUCCUUAUGAGAGUUGCUCUCACCUAAUGUCCAAGACCGAGCUUUCUCGUGGUGGAUCGUAUUCUAGACUAAGGAGAUGCUUUGAAUGCCGUGGGGAGUUCUGUGUUCACUGCAGAGUUCCAUGGCAUGGUAAGUUAUCGUGCAAUGACUACAAGAGGUUGUAUCCUAAAAAGUAUUAUCGAGAAGAUGGUGAGGAUGCAAAUAAGGUUAAAGCUUUGGCAAAUCUUAAUGGGUGGCGUCAGUGUCCCAGGUGCUAUCACAUGGUUGGACGCUCUUACGGGUGUAACCGCAUAACUUGCAGGUGUGGGAAUGCUUUUUGCUACAAAUGUGGUAAGUUGUGGAACAGCGGCGUCCAUGGAAACUGCAACGAAGAUGUAUUCAUGUGGGCGGUUGUUCUUAUGUCAGUUUUGGUUCCUUUCGUACUUGUUUUCGUGUUGCUCAUCCUAGAAAUAGUACUUUAA